CUUGUGGAAACAUUGACGAGCAGUAAAGAAGACAAGCUUGCUGCUAUGGCACACCUGACAACCCGGGUGUAGCUCUUAUCUUACUUCAGAUAACUUUAACAUCGCAUGUGUUUUUAACUUUUUGGUUCUUGGUUUCUUGCAUGGGAGUACUGUCAAGUCCAGGCAACAGUUAACCACGACUAACGGCAAGUGGACGGAAUACGAAAGCGGAAGAGCGCUCCGUUAGCAUGAACGUUAUUGCAGCAGUAGCGUUAGUUGGCUAGGGUGGUAAGCUGAUAUAACGCCGCACACUAGCAGCUAGCAGGCUAGCUCGCUGCCUUUGCUGUCAUGCCUGGAGUUUCUCGAGAUUUCACUGCGUAAACGAGAAUAACGUUACCGAGUAGAUAGCUGGUUAGCUCUCAGACGCCCAGCAGCAGCAGCUUGUCCCACCGCCGAGGCGUAGGCAGGGCGAAGCGGACUUUGAGCAGUGACAGGUCUGAACUAACCCACAGCUGAGGUUUGUUCUUCUCCUACUGAGACCCGGGCUUCAGCCGGCUUACUCACACAUCCCAGCCUUUCUGAGAAAUGACAGGGCGCUUGCCAUACUGAGUCUCUACGAAAUGGCCGUGGAACUGUAACAUAGCCAAAGCUUUAAAAUAAAAUAUCUCAAGCCGGCUCACAAGGAGUGUCAGCCUUUCUCUUUGCCAAAAAACGUCCGUCAAGACUGCAGAAAUGCUGACUGACAGCAGGAAACGACACCGUAGCUGUGACAGUGAGGAGGACCAACAGCUGAGUUCUCAGGCCAAGAGGUCAGGAGGGGGUCCCAGUCUGCUUGUGUCAGAUCUGGAUUCAGAGUCUUCCAGCAGCGACAGCAGCAAUGGGAUCAGCAGUCCAGCGAGAGCAAUAGCGGCCCUCACCAGACCAUGCAUACACAGCCAGAACAACUGCAUCACCCAGUACUCCCUCAGCCCCAAGCCUGAAGACUCUGGUAGCUCCUUGCAGCACGGUUUCCAUGGCGACGGCAGCAGUUCCUCUUACGACCACAUCAACAGAGUCCUGAGGGAGGCGCACUUCAGUAGUCUGCAGACCAGAGGGCGCCCAGGCUCGACAUGACCUUGACCUCUGACUCCUCUCCUGACCUUUUGUCCCUCGGCCAUCAGCGCUGACACUUCUGGCACGGUGGCUCUUCCUUACAAAGCCUCAAGCGAUACACUCGGGUCAGGGGAAGGGGAUGACGUGUGGGGAGGUUUACAGAUUUUGGGCACAAAGGCUCAUCCCCACCUCACCAUGUACCAUUUGUCAAGACCAUAAGCACAUCCGCCUUUCCAUGGCCCAGCCACUGUGGUUUUCUGUGCCGUAUUGAUGUGUAUGUUUGUUUGUUCGUGUGUGUGUGUGUGCACGCACCCUGUGCACUUUAUAAAGAGGUAUCUUUCUCUUUACAUGCGUGCGUUGAUGCGUGGACAUUUUCAUUGGUGCUAAUCACAAGAAACGUGUGAUGAUCCAAAGUGCUUGCAAAACUAAAUAAAGCUAAGCACUUUACUCAAUAA